AUGCCUGAACUGUUUGUGGAUCUCCGGCGGCAGCGGGAGGUGGAGAGUUCCGUGGCCGGCGACAGCGUCUCUUUCCCCGGGCAGGAACACCGCUUCGUCUCGCUGCUGCGCCGGUCCCCGCUGAUCCAGAUCGGACCGGCCAAAGACAGAGUGGUGAUCGGCAGGAUCUUCCACGUAGUCCAGGACGACCUGUAUGUAGAUUUCGGUUGGAAGUUCCACUGCGUUUGCUGGCGGGACGGAGAAGAAAAAGAAACGGGCAGCAGAGUCCGUUUGCGGCUGCAGGAUCUGGAGCUCACUGCCCGCUUCCUGGAAGCCAAAACCGACACCACGCUGCUGGAGGCCCGGGCCAUACUGCUGGGACAGGCUAAGAAAGGAAGAGCCCGGGAGAACUAGAACCAGGACUCAGCGGAGCGGACUGUCACAGCCUGCUGAAGUUUAAAUCAGAGGUUUCCUAAAGGGAGUCUGGCGGGACUCGGACUGUGGACGACGAAACAUGAUUUUAAGUCUCG